CGGAAGUAGAAGGAGUCCUGUCGCCACGGAGCGCCAUGGAAGACGCCAAAGUGAGCCGCAUUCGAGCUCCGCGGAAGGAUUUGCCCCGGACGCUGUGGAGGACUCCGCAGAAGCGGCUCUUCCUGGCACCGGCCAUCGAAGCCACGCUGCGGCAGCGGCAGCAGCUGCAGCCCUUGGCCGCCAAGUCGGUGCCCAUGCUGAGGCCCAAGGCCGAGAAUGAGGCAAACCGCGAGGAGCUUUUCAAGGAUACCCUGACGAAGGAGAAGAGCUACGAUGCCGAAUCUUGGGGUCAGGAGGCCUGGUUGAACAUCUUGACUGGAGAGAACCGUGUGGAGAUUCCGUUCAACGAAAUCUCGGCUGCAAGCCAUGGCGAGGAGUACAUCCAAUGGUAUGAGGAUCAGCGUGCUCAGAAACGAGCGGCGGCGCCGCCGAGUUGGGUGCAGAGACGAGGAUCCCUCGCGCCCAUGUCCUUUUGGCGCGCCGCUUUGACGGACUUCGCUUUGUCCUCCCUGCAACCAACACCAGGAGAACUGCUGCAGCUGAAGGGCCGAGCAGUGCUCCUGCGACAUUUGGAGGCCAAUGCCACACCACAAGGCCUUAAGGCCCUGGCAGAGUGCAUCAUGCUGCGCUUGGGUGAGGAGCAGAGGGCCUUGCCGAUCCUGAAGAAAGGUUUCGGUGACCAGAUGUCGUUGCUGGACUUCGCUGGUUUCUGCGCCGUGCUGGACCUGGACUUGGAUCUUCUGCUGGGCUCAUCUGCACCGCAGAUCUUGGCCCAUCUCCUCCCAGGCCAAGUGACCAUGGACUGCUCCGUGCUGCUUCAGCCGCCCACCGUGCAGCCGGCGGAGCCCACGGGGGACUUCGUGCGUUGCCAGGGCAAGUGGUGGCUUUUGGGCCGCUACCUGGGCCUUUUGGCUCUGCAAGGCGUUGAAGGCAGCGAAAAAUCCUGGCAGGAUUUGAAGCUCCGGAUCGAGGCACAGCUGAGACACCUCCAGCGCUGCUUGAAGCCCUUCUUCUUCGGUCUCAUCACCAGCCGCCCCGAGGCCAAGCGUGAGGGGGAAGUGCAAAGAAAAGAGCACAGCGGGAGCGAUUGGACCUCGUUCUUUCGGGACUUGGAGGACGUGGACGCGCGUUGGAGCACCAAAGUGACCGGCGCUGUGCUUAAUCAAGCCUUCGAGAAAGCUUCAGAAGAGGUGAAGACGUCGUACGAGAACUUUCAGAACGCGCGUCGCAAGUUCUCCAACAAGCCCUUCCUCGGCCACAGGCCCAUUGCUUCGGACGGCAGCGCUGGGCCGUACGUGGGGAGACCCAGCUCAGAGCUUCCCACGAUCCUCCGGAGCGUUGCCUAUGUGGUCAAGCAGUGCAAUUUGAAGACUGUGGUGUGUUUGAUUCUCAUGGACGUCUCCGAGGAUCUCCGGAGCCAGGUGACGGCCGCAGGGCUCCGCGUGUUCAGCGUGGAGGAGGACAUUCUCACCUUCUGCUACACCUCGGGCACUACUGGAGAUCCCAAGGGUGUGCUCGUCACGCAUGAGAACCUCGCUUCAGCUUUCGGAGCAUCCCGCGGCAGGCAGCCCUUCACGACCCUCACCGGAGACGAUGUGUUGCUGUCCUAUUUGCCUUUGCCUCACAUCUUCGAGCGAAUGGUGCAGUUUGGCACGCUGUUUGGUGGCGGUCGCAUUGGGUUCUACCAGGGGGACACCUUGAAGAUUGUGGACGACCUUCAGGCUCUCAGACCCACCAUUUUUCCGUCAGUCCCGCGACUUCUGACGCGAGUCCAUGACAGGCUCUUGGCGGGCGUGCAAGAAGCGGGCGGUUUGAAGAAGGUUCUCUUUGAUCGAGCUUAUGCUGCAAAGAAGGCUGCUCUUGCAGAUGGAAAGAACACUCAUCCCUUGUGGGAUAGGCUGAUUUUUUCGAAGAUCGCCGAGAAGGUUGGCCUCAACAAGGUGCGCGUGAUGAUCACUGGGAGCGCUCCGAUUGCUGACCAUGUCUUGGACUUCUUAAGAAUCGUCUUCGCAUGUCCUGUCUUUGAGGGCUAUGGUCUCUCAGAGACCUCUGGAGCAGGUACCGUCACCGCGGACGGCGAUCUGGCCCCUGGCACCGUCGGUGCGGUGUUGAGCUGCAAUGAGCUACGUUUGAAGGAUGUGCCAGACAUGGGUUACCUUCGCACCGACCAGGUUCACAAAGCGGGAGAAGUCUCCAUUCCUUGCCAUGGCCGCGGAGAGAUUUGCUUCAAAGGAACCAAUGUCUUCAAAGGCUAUUACAAGAUGCCAGAGAAGACUGCGGAGGCCGUUGAUGAGGAUGGAUGGUUCCAUUCCGGAGACAUCGGGAUGUGGUUGCCCGAUGGCCGGUUGAAAAUCAUCGAUCGCAAGAAGAACAUCUUUAAGCUGGCGCAAGGUGAAUACGUUUCCCCGGAGAAGAUCGAAGGAUUGAACGUCUGA